UUGCAGAAAGCUCUAAAAGAGCGAACCUCAGAAUGUGAUUCUCUGAAAAAGAGACUGGAAAAAUUUGAAAGAGAUAGGCAGCAAUGGGAAAAUCAAAAACGUGCAUUAGAAGCAAAACAACCGCUAGAUGUACAAAUGUUACAAAGUCAAAAACGGGAACUAACGAUGCAGUUAGAUCGAGAACAGGCUGAAAAACAAGAACUUUUCUUGCAGAUUAACAGCUUGAUAGCUCAGUUAGCGGAUGCAAAUCGUGAUACUGUGGAAGAGCAAAAAAAUGGUCCAUUAAAGGCUGAAAAUGAAACUUUAAAGAAACAGAUGGAUAAUAUUUUAGCUAUUCAAUCGCAGCUUAAUAUGGAUGUACAAACUUUACAAGAUGAAGUACGUCGCAAAAGUCAAGAAGUAGAGAAAGCUCGAAAUGAAUCGGAACAACUUCGAGUUAUUAUGGAUUCUGAGAAAUCCCGAUUGGAAUGUAGUCUUGAGGAGUUGCAACGAGAGUUACAAAUGAAAUCAGCUGCUUUGCAAAGUUUAAUGCUGGUCAAACAGGAAACGAAAAUGAGUGAAGCAGACUCAGCCAUUAUUACUAGAUUAACGGUUGAAAAUGAGGAAUUGCGUGGUGAGAUUGAUCAGAUCAGAUGUGAAGUCGAAAGUCGUGUAACGGAGAUCAGUGAGAUCAAAUUAGAGAAUGAGACAAAAGCUGCAUCUCUACAAAGUGAAUUAAUAGCUUUACAAGAAGAAGCAAAAAGGAAGGAAGCAGAACUAUCUAUUAUUCAAAACAAUGUAAGCAAAUUUUAAUU